AUGGCCUUAGUAGAGAAGAAGAUAAUUCUCAUCACAGAGUCUGCAGGAGCCAAUCAGGGAAUUGGUUACGAAGCCGCUAAAAAUCUGAUCCUCUCAUCUUCCGAGUACCACGUGGUUCUCGGUAGCCGCAAGUCCGCCAACGGAGAGACAGCCACAAGACAGCUAGAAUCAAUUCCAGGCGCCAAAGGCAGCGUCGCAACUACGCAGAUAGACGUUACGGACGAGGCCUCUGUGAACGAUGCAGUCAGCCGUCUUGAGUCUGAGUACGGGAGGCUUGACGUGCUGGUUAACAAUGCGGGCAUCAUAUCCAUGGCUCACCCACCUACGACUGGGGCGCUCCGCCGCGUGCUAGAAACGAAUGUUAUAGGUGCGCUAGGGGUUACAGAGGCAUUUCUUCCUCUACUGAAAAAAGCCGUCCACAAGCCGGCACGCAUUGUCUUUGUGAGCUCCAGCAUGGGCUCCAUCACGCAUGCCAGUGACCCGACCUCACCGUACUACACGCCGUUUGGUACCGAGUAUAAAGUGAGCAAGGCCGCGCUGAACAUGCUGAUGACAAUGUACGUAGUGCGUCUCAAGCCGGAAGGGAUUCUUGUGUUUGGCGCGGAUCCUGGCCUUUGCGCCACCAAUUUCACAGGCGAUCCCGCUUCACUCACAGCGAGGGGUGCGGCGUUGCCGGCCGAUGGAGGGGACCGAGUAGCCGCAGUCAUCAAGACAGACAAGCUGGAGGAUGCUGGCAAGGUUAUCGGGAUAUACGGUUUCAGUCCGUGGUAG